GUGAAGGCGUCUCCGUCGCAGAGCAGCGCACCGUCGCUCUGCGCUCUGAUUGGCCGCAGCGGCAGGUGGGCGGGGCCGGCGGCGGAGACAAUAGAGUGGGGCUCCGGCGGAGGUUCAGUCCGGGUAAAGUGUCACAGAGGACGGACGGUGGGUGUCAGUGGUCACGGUCCGGCUCCGGGUUCCGCUUCCUGGAGGAUCCGACGCGUCCUGGAACCAGAGGCCGGUGCGUGUGGACGGACUGACGCCGCAGGAGACGCAUGCACAGCGGCUUUACAAGGCACCUCCGUCUGCAGACCCGCCCUCAGUUUGGCCCCAGACCACAAUGAACCCGACCCCCCAUGGGCCCCGGGCCUCCGUCGACAUCCUGGAGGAGCUCCAGCUGAUCGCCGCCCAGAACCUGGAGAAACUGGACAUCAACAAGUACUAUGAGGUGGUCCGGGAGCUGGGCAAAGGCACCUACGGCAAAGUGGACCUGGUGGUCCACAAGAUCAGAGGGACGAAGAUGGCCCUGAAGUUUCUGAGGAAGAAGACGACCAAGCUGAAGAGUUUCCUCCGCGAGUACAGCAUCUCCUUGUACCUGUCGCCGUGUCCCUUCAUCAUCAACAUGUACGGCAUCGCCUUCGAGACCGACGACUACUACAUCUUCGCCCAGGAGUUCGCCGUGGCCGGAGACCUGUUCGACAUCAUCCCCCCCCAGGUGGGUCUCCCUGAGGCAGUGGCGAAGCGUUGCGUCCACCAGGUGGCGAUCGCCCUCGACUACCUGCACUGUAAGAAGCUGGUCCACAGGGACAUCAAGCCUGAGAACAUCCUCAUUUUCGACAGAGAGUGUCGUAAGGUCAAGCUGUCGGACUUCGGCAUGACGCGGCGCGCUGGCUCUCCGGUGAAGCGCGUUAGCGGAACCAUCCCGUACACAGCACCGGAGCUGUGUGACACGUCACGCCAUGAGGGCUUCUGUGUGGAUUACAGCACAGACGUGUGGGCGUUUGGGGUGUUGCUCUUCUGCAUGUUGACAGGGAACUUCCCCUGGGAGAAGGCCAUGCCCAACGACGCCUUCUACGAGGAGUUUGUUCGCUGGCAGCGGCGUCGGACGGGUGCGGUGCCGUCACAGUGGCGCCGUUUCACUGAUGAAUCUCUCCGAAUGUUUCGCCGCCUCCUGUCGAUUGAACAGGAUCGCCGCUGCUCCGUCAAAGAGGUUUUCAGCUACUUCAACCAGAGCUGGAUGUUGGACACGGAGAACGGAAACAGCAGCACCAGCAGUGGGGGUUUGGCGAGCAGCGCACCGCCACCACCACUGGACAUGAGCUCGUCCUCAUCUGAAGAGGACGUCCUGGUGGACAGACUGAAGCAGCAGACGCUGUCUCCUGGAUGCACGGUGGCGAAAGGUGGCAUCAUGAUGGACACUCACUACUCGGCCAUGUCCACCAACAGCUCGCCAUCGUCCACCGGCAGCUACGAACGGGUCAACAGAGAAAACAACGAGCGCGGACGCAUUCUGGUGGCCACAUCCAUCGAAAUCUGCGUGUAGAGAUGAGGCCAUCGCUUCACAGGAUGUCUACGCUCACACGAGUAAUGUUAGUGUGCGCUCAAGUGGAAGAUUUCUCAAAGUAUGAGGAAAACUAGGAAAGCGAGGAGGGGACAGUGGCGUCAGGAAAAUGUGGCUUCACUGUGGAUUUCCUCAUUUCUGAUGAAGACGAACUCUGAGGAAAUGAGGCAUGGGAUGGUCUGGACCUGAGCCUCCGACGUCCGGUUUAUAUUUCACUUAAGGCAGGACAUGAACUCACUGGAAAAGAGAAGCUGAAGGCGGAGAAAGAACGAAUCCACAAGCAAUAUGUUCAGUAGUUUUAGGGCAAACGAACUGCAGACCAACAAAGAUGGAGGUGCGAGUUCAGCUUCAGAGGCGAUUCUGAUCAUGUGAUCGAUGUGACUGACGGUACCGUGGUGUUUAUUGUAGUACAACAUCCUCAUGUUUGGUAGACAGGUUUCUGUGAGGUUUUUUUUUUUUCCAAGUUAAAUUAUUUAUUCAUAUCAGACACAUAUUCAUGGUUUGGUUGAAGUGGCAGCGAGAUCUGAAGCCAUCUUUAAUCUAAUACGUCUUAGAUUCGCAGCUGCUUUUUUUCUUUUUUGUCAUAGAUGUAAAUCUGUAACCAUUUCUUACCUAACUGUCCUUUUAAUGUUGGCCUGUGAUGCCUAAAGCCUCUGUACAGUAGCAAUCGCCAACAGGAGCAGCCGAAAAAUCACCUGAAGUUAAAGUUUGAUAUGAUUCAAGGUAAAAUAAUCAGAAAAAAAUAAACCAUAAAUAAUGUUAAUUUUUCAGCCUGUGUGCUUCAUUAAUCAAAUGAAGAACAUACUUUAUCUAAAACAUGGCAAAUUACAUUUUCCAGUAUAUUAUAGAAGAGGACAAUGUUUUCUGUGAUGCUCAUCAGUGAAAAAACAAAACAAAAAAACCCUGAAAAUGUGAAGGAUGGAUGUAAAAAAUAAGUUGGUUUUGUGGAAAAUGUUUCAAGAAAAGUUUCUUUUUUGUGUUUUUCAAGAACUACUGCAUGAUGUUCUAUUACUGUGGUGAAUAUUUAUUGAAAUAAACACCUCAAGAGUCAA